GGGGAAAAGUCUAACCACCACUCAUUCUCACCCGGUUCGCAACAGAAAUUUAAAGAGAAGCUGAAGAAGCAACCAAAAUGCUUUUCUGCGCAGGACCUCGAAUGAUCACUCAAAAUUUAUACAUCAAAUCGAUGGCCACUGAUAAAAGUUCCAACAUCAGUGGUAAUACUACUACUCUUCCUCCUCAGAGAAGAACCAACAUGUCCGGUUUCGAAGCUCGAGUCUCUCUCGUUCUCGCUCUGGCCGCCCAAACCUCUUCUCUCUCACAGCGACUCUUGAUGGAUUUGGCCACUGAAACAGCAAAAUAUGUGUUUCCACAGAGAAGGUUCGAGAGUCGGAAUUUAGAGGAAGCUUUGAUGACGGUUCCGGAUCUUGAAACGGUGAAAUUCAAGGUUUUGAGCCGGAAAGAUCAGUAUGAGAUAAGAGAAGUUGAGCAGCCUUACUUUAUAGCUGAAACAACAAUGCCUGGGAAAGAUGGAUUUGAUUUCAACGGUGCAUCGCUGUCCUUCAACGUAUUAGCUGAGUACCUGUUUGGUAAGAAUACAACAAAGCAGAAAAUGGAAAUGACAACACCAGUUAUUACUCGCAGGAUUCAAGCUGAUGGGGAGAAAAUGGAAAUGACAACACCUGUGUUCACCAAGAAGCUGAAAGAUCAAGAUGGGUGGCAGAUGUCUUUUGUCAUGCCUACUAAGUAUGGUUCUGAUUUGCCAUUGCCAAAAGAUCCAUCUGUGAGGAUCAAAGAGGUGCCCGGGAAAAUUGUUGUGGUUGCAGCCUUCUCAGGCUUUGUCACUGAUGAAGUAGUGAAGCGCCAGGAAUCAACAUUACGGAAGGCUCUGAAGAAUGAUACUCAAUUUCAAGUAAAGAAGGAUGCAUCAGCGGAAGUUGCACAGUAUAAUCCACCAUUUACACUCCCUUUUAAUCGUCGUAACGAGAUUUCUCUGGAAGUUGAAAGGAAACAAGAAUAGCCCCCACACAUGGCGCGAAUGUUAUAUAGCAAUUGUAGGAUACCAAAUAUAUACCCUGUCUACUGCCAAAAAACUUCUCACUGGAUAUCAUCUGAGUCAGGUACGAUUAUGUAAUACAUGAUGUAAUUACCUGCAAGUAAUGACGAUGAUAAUAUAUAUGAAGCCUUUGUGAUAAGAAGAUUUAUACUGUAUUGUUCCGA